GGGAGUUAAAGAGGACAACCUCCUCGUCAGCCAGUUGUUCUCACCCUCUACCUCAAGUACAGGUUUGGCGAGAGAGACACAAACAGCGACACACAGGGACAGUCGACACCGCCUGUGACCUCCAUACCCCGCGUACCUGUCAGGUCAGAUGCAGCAAAGACUGACCUCGCGUGCUCUUACCUUCCAUCACUAGGUCAAACCCAUCCUUUCCUGCCCACCUUCAUUAAAGCCUUUCCUACUUUCUGUUGUCAGCCUCCCACGUCAUCCCCGCACUGCAACUGCUUGUCGUGAAAAAGAAUCCAAAACAAAAGACAGGUGCAACUCGGUGAUUCAGUGACCUACUUACGACACGUGACCUGCCGCUAUGUACAAAUGCUAUAAAAGCGUUGGUGUCUUACGUAACAGUCCGUAGAUUCCACCGCGGCCAGGUGCGUGUUUUUCUGGGGACAUUUGAACAGCAGUUGAACUUUGAGGGACAACCUGCGACACUUGGCAGAGAGCAAAAGUGUAGGGGACCCUUGAAACGAGUCGACGGCCGUUGUCUCUGAGGGCGGUAGGUACUAGAACUGUGAGGAAAGAAAGAGAAAAAGCCACAGAGGACAUUCAGUUGAUGAGACUCGCAUCUCACGUUUCUCUGUAGUAAGAUGGCUUUGUCAGUGGUCUCCUUUGUGCUGCUGCUGUCGCUGGCAAACUGUGUGGUUGGUCAGGAAACCUAAAGACGAAACGAAGUAAUGCCACCUACUGGGUAACAUUUCCCUCGCGCAUGCGCCGUGGCAUGCCAGUGCCAGUCAGCGUGCGGCUAUUGGCUCCAGGUGCGAAGUCGACGGUGCAGGUGACUUUGCGGAAUUCAACAGACGGGAGGGUCCUUUCAUCAGCGGAACCUCAGGUGGUGACAGGAGGCUCCCCAUCUGUGAUCAAUUUAAUGAUCCCCAGAGAUGUUCCGAUCCCAGACAGCGGCAAUCCUUACUUUGAGUGGUUCUACCAGCGACAGUUCGAGAUCCGCGUAGUCGCGACAGGUGACGUCAGCUUCAACCAAUCAGGGGGCCUGAUACCGGAGAAGAAGAGCUGUUCCAUCUUCGUGCAGACUGACAAGGCCAUCUACAAUCCAGGAGAAACGGUUCGUAUGAGGAUUCUGGCAAUGAAUCCUAACCUCACUGUGCUGAAUGAGCCUAUGAGCGUAUCUGUCAGGAACCAAUACACCAGUAUGGUACGCCAGUGGACGGGUGUGUCGGGAAACAACUCUGGAGUAGUGGAACUUAGCAUACCGACCUCUGACCGUCUUGAUCUGGGCGUGUGGACAAUCGAGGUUCAAGUGCUGGGAGUGAAUAAGACAAAGACCUUUAUUGUCGCAGACUACGUGCUGCCCAAGUAUGAGGCGAGAGUGGACGUGCCAUCCAGCAUCCUCGCCACUGACCCUGUCCGGGGAACAGCCAGUGCCAAGUACACUUUUGGCAAACCAUUGGUAGGAGCAAAGGUAGAAGUGACAGCAAAGUUUAAGUACUACUGGGAGAAAACACCACAACCAAACAUCUCGCUCAACGGAACUCUGGAUUCCAAAGGCGAGUUUCCAUUUACCUUCAACACCAGCGAUCUUGUCGAGCUUGUGAAUAAGACCUUCCCAGGCAGGUUUAUCGGGAAAGAACCGUUUAUCGACUACACCAUCAUACAGAUUAUCGUCAACGUCACGGACCCACCACAGGUCUACAGACAGAGACCCAGGCCGAGAUUGAGCCUAAAAGUUUCUGGCUAAAGUAGAGUUUCUACCUAUCUCUUCUAAGAACUUUAAGCCGGGGCUUCUGUACACCGCCUACCUGCUAGUGACGCGACACGACGGAACCAUCUUCACGAACCCAGAGUCGGUAACCGUCGACUUUGAGAUAACCAUCUUGAGAGCCAACAACACUGCCACAACUACCACCAACACCACCACCAACUCCACCACCAACAC